CGUUUAUAUUUUUUUCUCUCCAACACUUCAGACUCCCAGAGGUAACUGGUAAGAGCCGCAGCAGCAGCACAAGAAGAAGGCGUCUACCAGAAGGGCAAAAUCAAUCAAUGGUGAUGGCUUUUCUAAAGAAAACAAGUAAUCUUCUUCUUCAUCAUCACCAAAUUGGUUCACUUGUUGCUGCUAGGAAAAUUGAAAUUCCAUCUUCCAUCCGUUUCCUCAAUGAUCGCAGCAACACUCGGUUGCCUAAUUUCGUUGAAGAAAAUGGUGUUAUUGAUAGAACAUCAUCUUCUCUUUCUGAUUCCCUCUCUUAUCUCCGUCGUGAUUCCUCUCCUAAUCUAGAUGUAUUAGGUCAAUCUUCUUCGCCAUCCAGAGGUCCUAGGAUGGAUAAUAAUUUUCGAUUUACAAACCCACCUAGAGGACGAACUGGUUUCACUGGAUUAAAAAGAUUUGAUGCAACAGAAAGUGACGAUGAUAGAAAUGUUAAGGUGACUACAGUUGUAGUAAGAGUCAAAGGGUUUACUAAUUUCAGGAAAAAGAAAGAAGCUGUCUUGCGAUUGAGAGAAGCAUUAGGACCCAAAUAUCAAAUUAUAAACGUACAGGAUGUCACCAACCUUCCACAUAAUGGAUGCCGACUCCCCAAGAAACGUCGAAAGUAGAACAAGAGAAUGACGUUCAGGGUCGCAUAAGGGGUCCAAAUGUUUCUACCUAGCAAUGGGCAUGGAGUGCGGAGCAGGUUGAGUGUAAAGCUUUAUGGGGGGCGAUGCAAUGGGCAAAAGAACUGGAGAUGGAGAAUGUACAUUUUGAGCUUGACUCUAAGGUGAUGGCUGAUGCAGUAAACUGUGAAAGCUUCAAUAUAGAAUGGAGAAUUAAUUCUUGAAAUAAAAAGUAUUCUUAGAGUCUUUACGUCUUGGCAGUGAUGUGCCAAAAGAAAGGAAUAAGGUUGCUGACAUUUUAUCCAAAUUUGCUAGAGCUGAAAGGAUGAGUG